GGAAAAAGAUGUUCGCUCAGAGUAGUUCUCAGUACACACCGAAGGCAGUUCCGAAAGCUGUGUGCGGCGCAAACACAUUUUGUACAUCUGUACAUGUGUUGCACUUUACACGCUGAAUUGAAUCUUCAUUGAUUGUAACCGAGCACUGCGGUAAAUAGCCUCUGUUUGUACAGCAAUAUCACUGGGAUCUCCAGUUGAAGGCUCUCCACCAUGUGGUCCACGUGUCUACGGUGCACAUUCUUCAGUAACAAGGAUUUUUUCCUGACCUGAGCUGAGGAGGAGCUGAGAAGAAGGGAUCCUUCCUGGUGGUCCUCAGUCGCCCCCUUUGGCCCGAGCUCUGGAUUACUGCGUUCGGGGGGGGCGGGGAUCGUGUUCGCGGUGCACGCGUGGCUAUGGCCGACUCCAUGUAUUCCGACUUGAUAGCGAAUCAUUACAACUUCACCGGGAAGCUGAGGAAGGUGGAGCAGGACUCCCGGCUGAAGGCAGACUCCGUGGUCUUCAUCAUUGUGUGCUGCUUCAUCAUCCUGGAGAAUGUUUUGGUCCUGCUCACCAUCUGGAGGACCAAGAAGUUCCAUAAGCCCAUGUACUACUUCAUUGGGAACCUGGCUCUGUCGGACCUGCUGGCAGGGGUGGUGUACACUGCAAACAUACUGCUGUCGGGGGCAAACACGUACAAACUGACUCCCACGCAGUGGUUCUUCCGCGAGGGGAGCAUGUUUGUGGCUCUGGCAGCCUCCGUUUUCAGCCUGCUGGCCAUCGCCAUUGAGAGACACCUCACCAUGCUCAAGAUGAAGCUUCACAACAGCGGCAACACCUGCCGUGUGUUCCUGCUCAUCAGCACCUGCUGGUUCAUCGCAGCCAUCCUGGGUGGCCUGCCUGUCAUGGGCUGGAACUGCAUCAGCAGCAUGAACAGCUGUUCCACGGUGCUGCCGCUGUACCACAAGACCUACAUCCUAUUCUGCACCACGGUCUUCAGCAUCAUCCUCAUGGCCAUUGUCGUGCUCUAUGCGCGCAUCUACGCGCUGGUGCGCACACGCAGCCGCAAGCUAGUCCUGCGCAAGGUAUCCAACGGCCGCGGCAGCAAAAGUUCAGAGAAGUCGAUGGCGCUGCUGAAGACGGUCAUCAUCGUCCUGAGCUGCUUCAUUGCCUGCUGGGCACCGCUGUUCAUCCUGCUGCUGCUGGAUGUGGCCUGCGACAUUGGCAAGUGCACCAUCCUCUACAAGGCGGAAUGGUUUCUGGCACUGGCCGUGCUCAACUCAGCCAUGAACCCGCUCAUUUACACUCUUACCAGCAAUGAGAUGCGCCGUGCCUUCCUCAAGAUGCUGGUGUGCAGCUUCUGCAGCCACCCCGGCAGCAAGUUCGCCCGACCCAUCAUCGGCGCUGAGUUCAGCCGCAGCAAGUCGGACAACUCCUCACACCCCAACAAGGAGGAGCCCGAAUACUCUCCCCGGGAGACCGUCGUCUCCACUGGGAACAUGACCUCCUCUUCCUAAGAGACCUCCUUGCUUUGUACUGUUGUACAUCUUACUCAACACUAAUUAGUGAAUGUAUGUAUGCUCUGGACUUUGUGAACUUGCCUUACUUUCUACAUGUAUGGGAAGUCAUGCACACGGCCAAGAAAAAGGGGCUUAACUGGAAGGAAAUUAAUAUAUCUCUACAUCCAGCAGCAGCCCUGUACUUGAACUGGAAGCUGUUUAUUUGAAUAUUGUUCUGUUUCUUUCCUUGUGACUGGAGGACUAUUUGUUCUGGACAUUUCCUUCAGUCAGAAGUUACCAUAGGGAAGCACUUAGCACCUGAUUGCAAAUCCCAUCAAUCAGUAUUAUGUCUCAGACCUGAUUUCUUCUGAGCAACAGAGGAAAAACUUCAAGAUGUGUUUGUGUCUUUAGCGGAGCACUUGUUGUAAAAGUGCAAAUUUUUAAAAAAAUCUAGGCAUUACUGACACUCUCUAAAACAUGUUGUCAAAAGAGUGACAUUAGACGGUAGUUUUUAUUGGUUUUAUCGAAGUAUUUUCUGAACAUAAUUAAUGAAGGUUUUUUUUUUUUUCCAAAAUAACUUUGAAGCCUAGUACAAUGUAAACCCAACAAUUGAGAGAGAAUGUAUUUUUUCUACCUGCAUUAUAUAAUUUCACCAAUAUUGUUUAAACAUUUACCACUGUAGCAAUGCAGUGUAGCUCGAAUAACACUUUAUUUUGAAAGCAAUGAAAAUUUUGUCCGGAAAGCGGUUACAGAAUGAGUAAAAUAUGACAAAGCAUAAUUCUGUGUGGUUUUGUCAGUUUGUUGCAUUUUAGGGGGAUUUCUGUGAAGAUUCUAUGAAAUAGUCUUGAGCUGCUCAUUCCCUGAGAAAUAAAUCCCCCCCCCGGGCAGAUUAGUUGUGAGAAGUUGAGUGGAUUUUGGUUUAGCAUUUGUGGAUUUUUAAAUGAUAAAUAUUUAUGGGAAAGAUACAUUUCAGUUGUUGUUACUUGUAAAUCUGCAGUUGGAUUUCUGUAAAUUGUAUGACGGCUAAGAUCAAUCCAAACCGUUAUAUGUUCACAUCAUAAAUAAGUGGGUCUUUUUUUUUUUUGCCUUGGCCUCUUAAUAUCAGAAUGAAGCUGGAUGUUGGCCCAGUGCUUUUGAUUAUAUAUUUGAUUAGGAAAGCUAUUAUUUUAAGGUGGUAAUGAAGUCAGAAACUUAAACUCAAGCUGAAACGUUCCCAUGUUGUAUGAAACUCCCUUGUUGUAUGUUUUGCAAAAUGCUACAGUUGAUACCCUGUUCAUCCCAGCAUCAAGGGCUUUAUUAUACAGAAGCCAGUUAAUUACAGUUUAAUUACCAAAAUUAAUUUCUCGAUUGUUUUACCAUGUCCUUCCAUGUCUUAUUUGCACAUUUGUCUUAUUUGUCUGUUUCUGUGUAAUGAUAUUUGCUAGAUGAUAAUUAAAAUAAAAGAAACGCC